UCGUUUUCUACUGCCUAUAAAACCAUCACCCUGCAUUUUGACAUAAUCACAACACUUUCACUAAGAUAAACUCAAUUCACAAGAAGUUACUUCUUUCAAUGAGUACCUAUUUUUCCUCCCAAAUAAGGGUACUAAUGAAAUCCUACUACAUAGCAAUUUUGUUCUUAAUGCUAAACUUAGUUGUAACAAAUUCUACUAAGUUACCUUCACAAGUAGAUGUAGGUGCAUCUCCUGUUUCAGCCAUCUUUGCAUUCGGAGAUUCAAUAGUCGAUUCAGGAAACACCAACUAUCUUGCCUCCAUUGCAAAAUCAAAUUACUGGCCUUAUGGUUGUGACUUUCGCCAAGGCCCAUCCGGAAGGUUUUGUAAUGGCAGGACCGUGAUUGACAUACUCGGAGAAAGGCUAGCCAUACCUUAUCUUCCAGCGUUUGCAGACCCCGCUGCCAUCGGCUUAAGAAUUAUUAGGGGUGUCAACUAUGCUUCAGCAGGUGCUGGUAUCCUUGAUGUUACUAGUCGACAUUGGGGUAAUCGUUUUAGCUUAAGCCAACAAGUAUUAAACUUCGAGAGGUCUUUGGAUCAAUUGAGGAACAUGAUGACCGGAAGGAAUAUGACUCAAUAUCUGGAAAAAUCUGUAGCAUUUUUGGCAUUUGGAACCAACGAUUACAUCAAUAACUAUCUCAUGUCUUCAUAUGAUUCUAGCUACAACUACAGGCCUCCCGAGUUUGCCAAUCUUCUCCUCAACAGUUAUGCUCGUCAGAUUUUGGCGUUAUACAAUGUCGGAUUGCGAAAAUUUUUCAUAGUAGGAUUAGCGCCUAUUGGUUGCACACCAAAUCAGAAGGCAGCAAGACAAGCACCUGAAGGGAGAUGUGCGGACUAUGUCAAUCAGAUUAUAGGUACCUUUAAUGAAGGGCUGCGAUCACUCGUGACACAGCUUAAUGCUAAUCAUCCAGCCGCAAUCUUUGUUUAUUUCAAUGCAUAUGGUGCUAUGGGGGAUGUACUUAACAAUCCUGCUGCCUAUGGAUUUUCGGUUGUUGAUAGGGCGUGUUGUGGAUUAGGAGAGGUUACAUGUUUGCCAAACGCAAUUCCUUGUCCGAACAGGAACCAGUAUCUGUUCUGGGAUGCUUAUCACACCACAGAAGCCGCAAAUGCUAUACUAGCUCAACGUGCUUUCGCCGGACCUCCUUCUGAUUGCUAUCCUAUCAAUUUCCAGCAGUUGGCUCUUAUAUAAUCUUAAUCAACAAUUUCAAACAUAU